AUGGACCUUGACGAACUCCACCAGAUGGUCCUUCUUCGAGAAGUUGCUUCUGUUGACAAUAUUGAAGAAUUCAUUUCUAUUUUCACUCAAGUGCAACCAAGCUUGAUUGAUAAUAAAACAUUCGAGGCGGAAACCAUCCCCAUUCUUCACGAGGCAAUUCGAAAUGACUCCUUCAGAGUCAUAGAUUACCUUCUUGACCAGAAAGUUCCUAUGCGCCCGUUCCUUUUUCAGGAGGCUACCAAAAACACGUCAUACCGGGUUUUGGAAUCAUUCCUUAAUCAUGGGUUCGAUAUCAACACGCCGAUUGACACAAACAACCCUCCGGCCAUUGCCGGGAUAGCAACCCCUCUUCAUUACGCUGCUGGGAAAGGAUUACUUGAUUCCGUCAAGGUUUUGGUUGAUGGAGGUGCAUGGCCCUAUACUAAGGAUCCUUCUGGUCUAACGGCUAUUGAUUGGGCUCAAAUGAACCGCCAUGUCAGCGUUGUGGAAUUUUUACGCUCACUGCCUGCUGGUGAUAGCUUCCAGCAGUUCACAGAUGCACCUGGAAAGCAUUUCACACCUGUGGCAUUAGAGACUCUGCUGAGGGAGACCGGCCUAAAAUUAGUUUAG